AUGCAUUAUUCCAUUCGACGCUCUGUCCUGGCGUUUCCUGCAUCCAUUCUUCUGGGCUUCCUCCUCAGCCUGGGAGCUACCAAAGAAAUUGAGGAAGAUCAGGUUGUGGAGGAAAAGAAGAUUGUGGCUUGGAUGAUCACCCAGGAGCAAAUCACCUCUGUGAGCAAAAGUCACUUGAAGACUUUCAAAGAAAUCCAGAACCCCUCAGAGCUUAGUAAUGCCUCCUAUCAACAGUUGGCUGGAACCCUGCCCAUCAAGAAAAAACUGAUGACUGUAGGUCUGUCCUCUAUGCAACAUCCCCAGGGCAACUACCUCAUGAGUACCUUGAAGUCACUAUUCCUUGCUUCCUCUGAGGAUGAGCUGAAGGAUAUCCUAGUGCUGGUCUACCUGACUGUCCUUGAUUCUACUUGGUUCAAUGAGACCGUCACUGACAUUGUCAAGACCUUCAAUCCACAAACACUGGCAGGGCAGUUGCUGGUGAUCUGUUCCAUGUCUACUCCCUCUCCUCCUCUGAGGGCCCCAAAAACCAACCUCAGCGAGGACUACUCCAGUAUGGCCCAAUUUAAUCAGAAUGUGGCCCAUGCCUUACUCAUGAACUUUGCUGCCAACCUCUCUAACUAUUUCUUGAUGAUUGAAGAUAAUGUGCACUGUUUGCCCAACUUUAUCACCUGCAUGUGGAGAGAGAUAGUGACCUGGGAGAUAGAUGACUGGGUGCUGAUGGAAUUCUCAACAUGGGGUUUUGUUGGCAAACUCUUGCAUUCCAGUGACCUCCCCCGGCUGGCUCAAUUCUUCCUCCUCUACAAGGAGGCACCCCCUGAAGUGCUUCUCUACCACUUCCGAAAGCUGCUUGACCAGAACCAUCCCAUCCAAUUCAGCCCCUCCCUCUUCUAUCAAGUGGGCUCCUUCAAUAGGAGCAGCUCCAACAAACCAGAGUACAAGAUGGUCAAAUUUAAGGACAGAGAGGAAGCCCCCAACAACCCACCUGCCACUGUCUAUAGUAAUUUGCGGAUUUUAAAUCAUGUUUCUCCCCAAACGGCCUACAUCCUGGGUGAGGGAGGGUUCUUCUGGGCACUGGAGCCUAAAGCUGGCAACCAUUUUACUGUGGUUUUGGCCAAGGCAGCCACAGUAACCCGGGUGCAGGUGCUAACAGGCAGAGACCAGGAAAACAGUGAGAAGUUGAAGGAUGGAAAAGUAGAAUUAGGCUACGAUCCCGAAGGAGAGCCCAAAGCCUGUACCCACUACAUUCUGCUGGGGUCACUGGUAAAUGGGAAACUGGACCACAAGAUGCUGAAUAAAAAGACAGGGAAGAAUGUAAGCUGUCUGAAGCUAGUAGUGAGUACCUCUCAGCGUGGCAGAGUAAUGAUCAGGCACAUUAAUAUUUGGAGCAAGCCUGAGCAAUAG